UGCUAUUUUUAGCCGGUCUGUCGCCGCCGCGGUCGGCGCGACCGUGUGUGCGUACGUGCGCGUCUUCUUCGGUGAUUCCCAUUCAGAGCCUUCCGUCGUCGCCGUAGGCGACGAUGUCCACGAUGGAUUAUUGUUCGUUGCGCUCGAGGAAUUUGGGAGAAAAGGGGAGUGAAAGAUCCAGACGGAAUGACAUCCUCGGGAUGUUGCUAGAAAGAAUUUGCGAUGAUUACGCUACAUGUGUCAAGUCGAAAUUAUUAGAAGUCGUCGGAGUAAACAAGGAAAAUUAAGAACGAUCGAAGAAUUUCUCUUCAAGGCAGAAUUCCGCGGCGCAGAACAGCUACGGAGCUGUCAAGGCAAUUUCUGUUGUCUUAUACUUUCUCUUUUUUAUCUUCCUUAAUUCAGGAUAUGUAAAUAAGGCUCGUGUAAAAACAUAGAAAGCAUAGGAGCAUGAAUCUUGAAGGAAUAGACUACAACGUCGCUUCUUUUACAAUAAUGAAUUUAAAUAAUAUAUUUAAAUAAUAUAUAUCAAAAUUAUAUAUAUACCACUCUUGAUGUAUCUUACAUGCGUGCGUCACGUAAAAUUAUUGACAGUUCCAUCAACAAUUAAGGAACAUCGAUAAAUAUUAUUUCAUGUAAUACAUUGUUGAUCGCUCGUACACUCUCGCAAGAGUUCUCGAUCUCUCGCUAUCGUGGGCGUCGCACGAUUACCCAACGAUAAAAGAGGAGCGCGUUCACCAUUGUCGGGAGACAUUCACGAAUAUGUAUACAGAAAUACGUAUUUAUCGUGCACACACACACACCAUGUGCGUAAUCACAAGUUGGAAAACGCACGAACUUUCCGCUGGCCGUUAACAGACGCUUAUCGGAAAGGAUUCUUGCGAGGUAUCAGGACGCUAUUUUCGUCGGCAGGAACCUACAUACCGUGCGGCACACACAUAUAUAUGCGUGUAUGUGCGAAUAUUGCCGCACAUGUCGACACACACGCACAUGUAUAUACACACAGAUGCAAGUUUCAUUUGACCUAAUUGACAGGCAGAUUCUUUAAGUGGUUCCUCCGCUCUCGCGCACCUCGCGAAAGCCACGGGGGUGUCUGACGUUUCUUACGUGCGUGAUAUAUGGGGUGUCCGCUGCUACCGGGUCACACGUGUACGCGGAUUCAGGCAUGAUGACCGAGGAAACUUGGAAAAUCGGCCACCAAACACGUUUAUCAGCAAUCCAAACCGAUCUUUAGCGUGCCAAGGAUAACUCUACCAAACAAUUUCUUAAAAACUACAAUUUAAAGUUAUAAUAAAUUUGACUGAUCAACAAUAAUCGAUUCUUCGUUAUAGAGAUUCCUUGUAUGGAACGUAUCUCGAUCAUCUUGUCGUUGACUAUGUGAAAACUUCUCAUCUUGAGUCUCUUUAGCUUGAUUGCAGUCUCUUUCCGCACGUCUCUUCUUAUUUGUUUCUUCUUGAGACUGGAUGUAUUUAUUUCGUUUUAGGUUGCGAGAAAGUAUAGCAACAGGACCUCUUGCUCGUCGUUGCAGCGCGUUUCAGUAAAUCUGCCGUUACACUCGCGAGGGUACGGCACGAGUAGCGUGUCUCGGUGGCUGCAUCUUGUAAAUCCCGCCGUUUGGCGAAUUCCGUAGUGGCCGAACAUGGCAACAGCAGGAAUAACGACACUUAAUAAUAUCAUGUGAAUCACGACAGCGUCAAUCGACGCGCGCCGUGAUGUCACGGUUGUACAUCCUUAAACACGUCACAUUUUCGCAUUCGGGAGACCGACCUUCGCUCGGAAAGACGGAGAGACCAAGAGAGAAAGGGGAGGUGGAAGAAGCAUUGUGCUAUUGACCGUGUUAAUCGAACGGUAAAUCCGUAGCGUUAGUCAUCCCCGACGAAGUCGACAAUUUUAUUGGAAGGAAUACUGGCACGCGUGAAUCAGAAUUCCACGAUAAUUGAAUGUACACGACCUUAUAAAUGGAUGGCGCAAAUACACUCAUUCAGAAGUCUUGCCGUCAGCUGAUUACAACAAUGCUCAGGCUCGUGUUGUUCACACUCAUGUGUAAAAGGAACAUAUAGAUGCAAGUAGAGAACAUUCCGCGAUAAUUCAAUUAUUAUCAGCAAUGGAGGAAGUGGAAUUAAAACAUGUAAAGUAGUCACUUUCAUUCAAAGUGUAAGGAGUAGAUAAAACGCAAAUAUAUUUCCGUAGAAACAUCUCAUUGCGGUUACUGCUCGAAGCGAGUCCUAGAUAGCGAGGAAGAUGAUGAUUUAUGGUCAAUUUUUCCACGAGGAAUGACCUGGAUACGGGAAAAUGAUUAGAAAGCGAUGAUGAGAUCACCGCGUACGAAGAGAUGGCAGUCAUUAGGACGUCAGUUCUCCGUGGUUCCCGCCGGAGGCUGCCGCCUGCCUACGCGGUUCUACGCGCCCGCUAAAAAUACCGUAACGCAGCAAGCAAGCGAGCGAACAAGCGACCGACCGACCGACCGACCGACCAACCAACCAACCGAUCGAGAGUGUAUCGAGAGCGGAGCGGCAACUUCGUACGCGCACGUGUGCCUCAUCGUCGUGAGUUAUCCACCGCUGCCAAUUGACGGACGCAAAUAAUUACUUUCACCUUUAGCAUCCAAACAGGAUCUUCUUCCGUUCUUCGUCCCACACUCUCGUGUGCGUCAUCAUCAUCAUCAUCAUUGCCACGUCGUGUCUAUAUCUGCUGAACACGCCGAUGUCACGAAAAAUAACUCGCCACCGCUAAUCGGACGACCGUCGUCGAGCGCACACCCCCUCAAACGGAUGAUCGGAUUAGCGUCAAUGUUAAAUUAUAAAACACCGCUGAACAGCUUCGAGGACGUUUGAAAAAUUGCUUCGAAGAAAUCUUUAUCAUAUCUUGUGCAAGAUUAAGAAUCAAAACACAUUGAUUUGUGUAUAUAGAUAUUAAUGGAAAAAAGAUAAAGCAAAGGCUUUGCUUUGUUCCAAUCCUUUUUUAUUCUUUCUGAGACUGUCGUGAAGAGACUUUGACGGAGUUGUAGUUUUGCGCUCAGCACAGCCGUAUUAUUUCUGAUUUCAAGUCAGAUUAAUCUAGCUUUGAUUCGAGGGUCUCUAGUUCGCUUUAUCGGCAAACGUCAAUAACAUUUUUCCGUCGCAAUUUGCGGAUGUAGCACAGCAAUGUAAUUUCUCUUUUGAGACCACCGGCGCGUUAUCCGGAAUGAAACGGCCGCCUACGUGACAACGUUCGUUUACGUAAAAGGCAUCGCCACCUGCAGUGUUUCCUCAGAAUGCGAUCUUCCACGGUCACUUUCCCAAGAACUCAUCGACGCGGUUCUCGCUUAGGAUGGAAAUAAAAUCGUUCACCGUCUGCCGCUCGUUUUCACCACAAUUCCGUGAGAUUCACUUUAACGAGCAAGUUUGGACAGAGUCUCUGGUUGCCGCUGGCAACCAGAGAGCGGGAACGCUCGGCCGACUUGGGAGAUACGACGGAGGAAAUUACUCGCGGGUGUGAAUGCAACAAGUUCUGAAAUAUGCAGACGACAUCGCGUUAUGUCUACGCCGGAACACAUCCCGCUCUCGCACUCAAUGCGCGAACCACAAAGAAGUUCGCCUUGAAUCGUUUGAAAGCGCAAUAUUCGUGUCCCAUUCACCGGGUGUCCCAGAAAAGCCGGGGGACAGCGACGUGAUGUUCUUCAUCAUCGAAUUCAUGAGACACGAGAUCUAUCGAAUUUUUUAGAUUACACCUUUUCAACACGAGAAUGGUGAUAAUGGAACGUAUACAUGACGUAAGACAUGAAUCAUUUAACGUAAUAGCGAUAAUGAUAAAUGAGAGAUAAAUGAUGGUGAGAGAUGCGCGUUAUUUUAAAAACGAGCAAUGAGAGACGUGCCAUUAAAAUGACAGUUUAACGAAGAUGGUCGUAUAAAAUGCUUCAAGUGAUAGACACGUGUGCUCAAUAACGUGGAAGUCUCUCAAAAUAAAUAUAUGCCGAGAAAUUCGUAUAUGUAUAAUAAUAGUGAGACAGAAACGGUGACGUGCGCGUUCCCAAGGCAAAUGGCCAACCUUGGACUCCUCUAGAAAAUUCUGGUAUUCAUUUCGCGCAUCUGACAGUAAUAACAGCGCGUACAAAAGAUCUCGCUCGAGCUGUUUGGUGCAAUGCCAUGUCACAAGAAUGGAUAGCGGAGGUGCAUCGCAUUUCUGCUUCUUCGCGAAUAUCUCAUAAAGAGUGACUGAUGCAGGAAAAAGCACAGGCAGGACCUUUUCGGAGGGCGGUUGUCGUUAGUCGCAUGUCGGGAUGACGCAUCCGCGUCGGGGCGCCUGAACUUAAGCGCGGGCGCCGCACUUAAGUCAGCCGUUAUCCAUAUUGCGGUGCAUUAAUAGCCGGGCGACGGGCUAUCGUCGUGUCGGGUGAGGGCCGCAGGGUCGUCCCAGGGGAGCUUAGAAGAGGCUGUUCGAGUGGAGAAUUAUUUUCUUUCGGUCAGACCUUGGCUAGGCGCAACGACGCCGCCGCGCCGUCCAGACACGAUCCACGUCGGUGCAUAGAAUGCACUGCACGCCAAUAUCGUCAAUUAUACAAGCUCCCUGAAAUACUCGAAUCAACAUGCGGAUGUAUUCUUCGCUCGACUCGGAGUUGACUGUUUCUUUAGGAAAAACUACUCGUUUCUUUAACGCCAAAUUUGUAUAAAAUUAAUGAUUAAUUUCACUUUAUUAAUCAAUUCAAAUACAUGCUUAAUAAUGAAUUUUAUUAAAUAAUUAAUGAAGUUCAUUAUUUUGUCUUAAAGUUCUUAAAGUUUAACUUGUGAUGAAGUUUGAUCAAUUUUGUGAUCACCUUUAGUUGCUAGCAACAUGAAAACUGACUCUCGAUAUUUCGGGGGAGUAAAGAUAGACUACGAAUCGGUCAAUGGAUACGUCUGGCAAGAUUUAUCCUAGCAUUUUAGAGACACAACGUACGUUAGUGUUGGUGAUUUAUUCUGUCGCCGAACGAGCUGUCGUGCUUUGACGAAAUCGUGGCGUAAUUUAUGCGCCACGAGGCGCUUAGCUAUUUCGGCAAUGAAAAAUUCUUGCAAGAGACAACGAGAUUCGGCCGAAGUUGGCGCGGCACGCGGUCGUUUGUACUGUCCGGUAAUAAUCAUGCCUCAUUAAUCGCUAGAGAAUGAGAUUAAUAGCCGUUUCCGAGCUAAAGUAUAUACUAAAAAUACUAAAAAGAUACACUAAAAAGAUGAUUACUAAGCCUGAUACAUUUUACGAAGCUCGAAAGUGCUGGAUGUUUCCAUGAAGAAUUUACUUGAAGAAUUUAGGAAAUUAGCGACGAAGAGUCUCUGGUGCGUACAGGGACGACAAGAAGACGAUGCAGAGGAGAAAUCUACCGACGACGGGUCGGCAGCGUACACUGGCGUCUCGACGCCCGAAAUAAACUCGCCGCAUUCUGCUUCUCUCUCUUUCUGUCUUCCUUCCAUCUCAAAUCCUUUCGUUCUCGCCUUCUUCAUCUUCUAAUGUAAGGCUCGAAUGGCUAUAGCUACUUUCUGCUGCUGUCAUCCUCGUUUACGAGAGAGUAGGAACGUACGCGCCGGCAGUUCCGCCUGGGAGACAGGAAGUGACUAAAAAAAGAGCAGUGAAGAAAGAUAGACGUAGGCAAAAUGGUUGUCGGAGAAGCAAGUAUACAUAAUAUAAUGGGAGGGAUGGAGAGCACGGGUGGCGUACGCCUUCAUAAUCACAAGCGGAAACUGAAACAAAGAUUCGACAUCAUAAAGAAAUUAGGACAAGGUACCUACGGUAAAGUGCAAUUAGGAAUAAACAAGGAAACUGGUCAGGAGGUGGCGAUAAAAACAAUCAAAAAAUGCAAAAUAGAAACGGAAGCGGAUCUGAUCAGAAUACGAAGGGAAAUACAAAUUAUGUCGAGCGUUCAACACCCGAACAUCAUUCACAUUUACGAGGUGUUCGAAAACAGAGAAAAAAUGGUGCUAGUGAUGGAAUACGCAGCAGGGGGCGAGCUAUACGACUACCUAAGUGAACGCAAGGUCCUGAGUGAACAGGAAGCCCGGAGAAUAUUUCGACAGAUCGCAACCGCCGUUUUCUAUUGUCACAAACACAAGAUCUGUCACAGAGACCUGAAGCUUGAGAAUAUUCUAUUGGAUCAAGUCGGAAAUGCCAAGAUAGCUGAUUUCGGUCUGUCGAAUGUCUUCGACGAGCAACGAUUGUUGAAUACGUUCUGCGGUAGCCCGUUGUACGCGAGUCCAGAGAUAGUGAAAGGAACUCCGUAUCACGGGCCGGAAGUGGACUGCUGGAGUCUGGGCGUUCUGCUGUACACAUUGGUCUACGGUGCUAUGCCUUUCGACGGGUCCAACUUUAAACGACUAGUCAAACAGAUCUCACAGUCCGAUUACUUUGAGCCCAAAAAGCCAUCUCCUGCCUCGCCGCUUAUAAAGGACAUGCUCACGGUGUGUCCUCGCAGACGUGCUGAUAUUGAGAAAAUCUGCACUCAUUGGUGGGUGAAUGAAGGUUACGAGCAGAAUUGUCUCGAUAUAGCCGAGGAGCUAGCAGAUCAGACUCCUGUCCGAUUGGAUUUGCUUCUGUCAUUGGUGCCGCAGUCAGCCAGUGCUGAGAAACUAUUAGUCGGCGAUCAGCAGGCUGGCGGAGAUGUCACGAACAGUAUGUCUUCCGAAACUCUCGUGCCCACCAGGUGCCACUCGGUCGGCAGUUUGAUGGAACUUGAUCAGAAUAGCUCCGACAGAAGGAUAAGAGAAUUACUCGAGGACGAACCGAGGUCUUCCGCGGCCGGCGACGCCAAGAGAAAGCUGGAGACAACGCCAUCGAUGGAUGAGACUGCUGCAGCGUACGUAAAGAGGAAAGACAAGUCCAGAAGAAAAGAGAGAUCAGACGAGAGAGAACCUAGAGCAUACAGAUCUUCGUCAAGACAUCAUUCGGCUCCGAUUCCAAAUGCAAUAUCGGAGGAGGCGAUGGAGGUGGAGCCUGCAGCCAUUGUAACUGUUCCUAUAAGUAAGACUGUUGAUUUUGAUAAAGUUGAAGGUGCCGCAGCUUGUUUAGAGCUGAUUGAAGAAUCAAAAGAAAGAUCGCCAAGUAAAGAAAGGAGCAAAACUCCGUUAGUAAACGAGCAUGAGCCUUCGCGCGAGCCCACUGAGAAUGUUCAACAGAUUUACAGUAAAUACGGGAAAUCGCAGGAUUUACAUGAAAAGGCCAGCAACAAAGAAGACAAGUCUCAACAAAAGUACAUUAAAUCUCCUAGCCAAAGUUUAUACGAUAACGUAGGUGCUGCUUCAGAGAGUCCAAACAAAACAACGAAUGAGACAGCGUCUAGCAAAAAGUCAGAAGCUUCCGAAUCAAAAGUGCCAAAUGAACAUGACGCGAGUGUUAGAAACGAGGCGUACUUAUCGCAAGAUAUGCAGCAAAUGGAACCAACGGAGAGCGACUUCAAGAAGCUGAGAGAGAAGGCGCUCUCGUUGGAUUCCGAGCUGUCGAAUGAAGUGGCAAGCGCGCCUGCCAAACCUGUCGAGAGACGACGUUCGAAGAUAUUCGAGACUGCCGAGAAGUUUAAUCAACUGGCUUCCACCACGGAGAGCGAGAAACCUAAAAAGAUAUUUAUUCCCGGUGUGAAUGUGGGAGGUGCAAAGCGAGCCUUCGAACGAAAGGCCAGUCUCUCAUCGAUAACCACGCCACCACCCUCGAAAGCCAAUGCGUCCAAAGUUAUCAUCGAUGUGCCAACUGAUAAGAAAACCGAAAAGGAUGAACAGAAACCGACUACUGGAGAUCAAGAGGUUGCAGCUGCCGAGGAGAAACCGGAUAAGCGAGAUGAGGCGAAGAAACGUGCUGUCGAUAUCAUCAGCGGUGCGAUCGGUAAACCUCCGGUGCAGAAGAAACUGAAUGGCUCACCACCGACCUCACCUCAGACUCCGGAUCCGAAAAAGCUUGGAUUGAAGAUACAAGUCGCACCGAAUGACGUACGGUCGGCCACGGUGUCGGUCUCGACGCCGAUCGAGACGAAAUUCGCCUCUGACGGCAAGUCAGCGGCACCGGAAGCAAGUAUAACUAGCACACCCGACACAGCUGGUACCGAAAAUUCGCAAUCGGAGGAACCUAAGAUGUCCAGUAAAAUGGAAAUAACGUUAAAGAGCGCAACGUUGCCUAGACGAAAAACGAGCAAAGCGGAAAUAACGUUGUCCGGAGUGAAACCACCAGAAACCAUAGCAUUUAAGUCCGAGGUAGAAGCUAAGAUCGAUGCUUUUCAGCCGCAGAAACUGCGUACACAGAGAUCGGAGGUAGCGUUUCCGGUUGCCGCUGCGAUGCCUCAUGCAAACAGGAGUUCAAGCUUGGAACCGGAAGGCAGAUCUAAGGCUGCACCGCGAGAGAGAAUUAUACCCAUUCAGGUGGAAACGGGAGCCGAGCAAAUCCAACACUCGCCUACUCCGCCGUCUAAACCGCCGAUGUCUCAGAGAACAAUGUCACAGCGAUCGGGCUCCCUGUCUCGUCAAUCCACCGCUGAUUCCGACACGGACAGCGCUCUGGGCUCGACCGUCGGACCGGAACCGAUCAGGAAAAGUCCCAGAGAAUAUAUUAUUCCUAUCGCGGUGGAAGGUGGCGGUUAUGUUACACCCAGAUCUGGUAGUUUGGAGCCGGAAAGCAAAACCAGCACACCGACCAGCACGAAUCCGCCGAGGUCGCGCUUUGGUAGACCGAGAAGAAUGAGCUCCCUUUUAUCGGACGCUAGCGAGGACGAGUCACCCUUCUCUUCGUUGCAUGGCGACGAUCUGUUGCAAAGGCACAUGCAUCGGUUGAGAAGUUCGCGGCCAUCCAGACAGUCGUCCGAGCACGCUGACAGCUUAUCGUCCGGCGAGGACGAUGACGACGAUGGCUUCGAAUUACUGACAGCCGAGAACCUGUUCUCGACAUUGUUGUCGCGAGUACGAAGCCUGACGCAGCGGCUCAAUGUUGACGACAAUCGAUCCAGCGGUUUCCCAAGCAGUAGAUUGUUCAGCAGACUCGGCUCUCAGCCGUCGCAAGCAUUCUGGGGUCUUAACAAGCCACUGUCCAGCUACGAGAGCUAUGUUGAAACACGGAUCGUGACUACGCGACUCUCGGAAUCGCAAUUCAAACAUUCUCUAAGCCGCGACGCGGACGUAUUUUCGAAGAGAGACUCCGCCAGCACUUCCAAUCCUGGAACUCCGAAUAGCCCCGGAUCGUACAGUACCCCGUCCAGAGACAGCGUCUUUGAAAUCGGGAGCAACACAUUGCCAAGAGAUAAGGUAGAAGAAGUGCACGAAGGAGACGCGGAAGCGGAAACGGCGACAGGGCAAAUUAGGAAGGAGGCGCAGGAAUCGCUGGAGCAGAAUUUCACUCCGAGCCUGGCACGCAGAUUGAGCAGGCAGUUUAUCGAGCAAACGCGACAACCGAUACCGCGUUCGCCAUCCGUACCGCGCGACAGCAACAGGCAUCAUCAACCAUCGCCAACGCGCGAGACGCUCAGCCUGAUAGGUUCGAGCGAGGUCGCGAAACGACACUCCACGUCUGCGACUUCCGAUCAGACCGAGUACAGAGACAGAUCGCUCGAUCGAGGAAUCAGGAGAGCUACCAGCCUGCUGGAGCCAUCCAAGUACGACAGAUCAGAACGACACUCGCCGCGAAGAAGUAUCAGCUUGUUUGACGAUGACGACGACGACAGGCUGCUUCCACCCCUGCCCAGGCACAUAAUGACACUUGGUCGAAAGUACAAGGAGUCGACUAGAUCGAACGUCGGCAACGCGAGACGAGAGAACUUCCACGGUUACAGAACGGACAAGAUCCAGGAGGAACCAGGCGAUCUGGACAUGUAUUCGGGAGACUGCAAAGAAGAUAUGGACAAUAAUAUCACGGAGAACGGCUCCAUGUCGGAAGGUACAUCGAUAUCUAUCUGCAACUCGAAAACCAAUCUGAUGGACACGACUGCCACCACCUCGAGCGUAUCAGCUAGAUCUUGCGAGACGUCACCUACGGAGUCCUCGUCAAAUCUGGGCGACUACGGUAAGUCGGUCUGCAAGGCCGACAUCUCCAAGAGCUUCGAGAAUCGACUAUUGGCGGCGGAGAAUCUGAUCAAGGAGUCUAAGUUGAAAAACCUGACGCCGCAGCGGUUCAAUCCGAAUUUGAGCUGCAAUUAUAAGGACACAGAUAAAUGCGACAAGGAGGCGCUGAUCACUAGCGAUCCGUCGUUGGCCAACUCUGUCACGUCCAAAAGACGCAGUUGCAUUCCAAGUCUGAGACUACGCUCGGGGUCAUUGACUAGGGAGCCAAGUGCGAGCACGGAUCGCAGAAAGUCCUUCGCUGGCGCACAGGAUGCAUCGGCUGGAGGCGCAAAUCAAGAGCGGUCGAUUCUGAGCAAGUUCUUCAGAAGUGGCAGCAGCAGCAAAGAGAUUAAGGCAAAGGACAACAACAAAAGUCAGAAGCCGAAACAACAUCGCAUCUCGCGCUUUUUGCGGCCAGAUUUCUUUGACACGCCGCGAGAGGAGAGCCAGUAUGUGAAGGAGAAGGAAGCGCAGAAAGCGGCGGAGAACGAGCGUCGAAAGUCGCGGUUCAUGAGACGAAAGAGCGAGAGCAAAGAGCGCAAGGAAGACACUGCGAAGGACGAGAAGAUUUGUAAGGAGCAGAAGAAUGAGAUAAACGCGUUGCAGAAGGACAAGCUGGACAGUACCACCGGCUCCCCGACAGAGGACAAGUCUAAGAGCGAGGAAAAGGAGAAGACGAAGAUCGUGCGACAAAGCUCGAAAAGCAGUUUUCUGCAUUCGUUGGAGAAGAAGCUGGAGAGGCUGCGCUCGAAUGAUGAGUCGACGAGCACAAUUGCGAAGCCGACAAUGAACGGCAAUGUUCCGGGCGAUCGAAAGGAACGUGGAGCACGCGAGUGCUCGGCGCCACCCGUCGAGUGUCCGACUGUGGAAUCAACUUUGACCGAGGUGAAGAGAACGCUGAGCGUGGAGGAUCUGUCACUCAACAAGAGUACCAAGAGUUCACCAUCAGCGAAGGCAAAGGUGACGUCGGUGCUGGGAUUGUUCAAGACAAACGCAGACACGAAGCAAAACGCGAACGGUCGGUCGCAGAACGCGAUCAUGAGCAAGCUGAAGCGGAGUCCUCCGAAAUGCGCAAAAUCGAUGGAGUCCCCUUUGGAGGAAGAUGCGGCCGCGACAAGCAAAAUUCCAACGAAAUUCACUAGAACCGAUAAUAAGUCGGUGAAGAAGGUGCCGGAGAGUAAGAAAUCGCCGCCUAAAGAGAAAUCGAAGGAGAGAGAGUUAAUCGUUAAGGAGAGGAAACCCAUGGAGAGGCAAUCGAGAGAAUUCAAGAGAGCGCCAGAGAAAUCGGACUCGUCAUUCGCGGACAAAGCGAAGCAGGAGAAAACGGAGUCGCUGAGAAAAUCAUCGGAUGAUUCCGAAUCUCUGCAAAAAGUCGUGGACAACAAGCAAGCGGAAUCUAUUGCUAAUAACGAGGACAAGAAAUUGGUAAAGACCAAGAAGAAUAUAAGUUCUCUGGACAAAAACGGAUCUGUCACGAGAAUCGACAAGGGCGCGGAUGUUGAUAAGAAGAUUAAGAAACCGGUGAUACCGAAGGAAGAAACGGAUAAAGAAGAAAUCAACGGUGCUAAGAAGAAAAGAAUAGUACGUGUCGUGAAGAAAGUUGUGAAAAAAUCAUCCGACAGUUCCGAGAGCAAGUCUGAGGAAAAAGAGAAGUCGAGACCGUUAAUGAAAAAGAAAAUCGUGACGACGAGGAAGGAGAAGAGUCCCGAAGGCCCGACUGGCACGGCGCAAAAUUCAGUUAAAGGAAAUAAUGUCGACAAUCAAACUGCCACGAGAUCAUCGCAUUUGAAGCAAACACAGCCGAAUGUUCAAGAGAUAUCAUCCGCGAAAUCCAGCGAUGCUGCUGAACCUUCCGUGCAAAACACAAUUACAAUGCCUAAACCUGAUGCUGUACUGAAUAGUUCGAAUGCAAAUGUAUCAGCUGCGAAUCUCUCGCAAACGGCUUCUGCCCUACAGAAUACUUCGAGUCCUCAAAAUUGCGCGAGUUCUGUAGUGCAAAAUGUUUCAAACUCGAUAUUAGCAACUUCUGCGGCUUCCAUAACUCAGAACGCUUCGAAUUUUAAUAUCAAUCAGGCUAAACCACCAGAACAACAUCGGGCGAACAGAGCAAGUUUGAAACUUGAUCUGUCCAAGAUUCCGCAACACACGUUUAGACACGCGACGCCCAAAAGAGAGUCGCCCAAGUCCGAAUCACCCAAGGCAAAUUCCGCUGUAUCUAUCGGAUCACCUAAGACGGACGCUCCUGCGGUGGAGAGCAGUUCCGACAAGCUGAUGGAUUGUCUGUCCAAGAUGACGCACCACGCCAAUAUCACUGGUAACAAGAUCAUCAUCGACAAGCCAUUACGAGCAAAGGAUGUCGCCGAGCUGAAGCGGGAAGUAACCGAGUGCGCGAAAAUCAUAGAAAAUCAUGUAGAAUUGCAAAACGAUUGUUCUACCUCACAAAACAUCGACAAAGUCAUCGAUUCGGGUAAACCAAUAGCUGAUGAAAGAUCAAAGGAAAUUGCAAUGAAUCCUCCUAAAGAGACCAGCGAGGUAGUUAAAGAGCCGACCUUAGAUGAUUGCACCAGCGAGAUGUUCUCGCCAGAGGAGCCAGAGAGUUUUGAUUCCUGGUCAAUCUGUUCGGCAGACUUGAACCACAAUCGUAGUGAUUUGCAUUCGCCACAGUUGCACUCUCCCACGUCACCCUCUUAUUCUCUCUUCAUGCGCGGAGACAGCUCGGAAUCGGUGAUAGACCGAAUACGAAGACGUAGUUUCUACUCGAGGUUUAACGACCGGAAGAGACCAUCCUUGACAGCACCGCCACCGGGAAUAAGCAGCGUGACUCUACCCAGGAGGUUCAGCUUCAACAGUUCCAGAGAAAGGGAGCGCAGCAGAUUGUACAAUUACGGAGUUCCCCGGACGAGAUCGGAUAAAAGCUAUUUGUACGGCGAUGAGGUAUCCUGUAGAAAGUCACCGGUGGAUAGAGAGCGAUAUAGCGACACGUUGAACACCUCGUCGUACGGUCAUCAUAGUCCGGAGGCGAGAUCCAUCUUCGAUCAUUACGGCAACAGCGUGCCAUCUACUUCGCACGAUUCCCUAAGGAGAUACGUGAGAUCACCGACGCUGGAUCUCGUCACUUCUCGCGCCAAGUAUCACAGCUCCGAUAUCAUCGCGGACAACGAUCUCACCGGGUCGUAUAAGAGUCCCUUGUCGAGAUCGAUGCUGAAUGAAAGUAUGACGGAUUCUUACUGCGGUAGAAGCACGUCGUCUACCUUGCCGAGAAAGUUUGGCUCCACCGUUGGCAAUCUGGAGCCGAAGAGCGUUGAGUACUACGAGGAGAUCCUGUCGCCGAGCAAUGCUGACUAUCUGUCGCCGCGCGACACUUGUCGAUCGCCAUUGCUGGACGGUUACCUGAGUAGGUGCGAGAACGGAUAUCAUCACAACGGUAAUCUGGAUUUGCCACAGUUUGAUAAACAGAAGUCGUACACGAAUAAGAUGACAGAUGUGGAGCUCGGUGAAGGGAACAGCAGACUUGGAGAACAGAAAAGAAACAUAAUGCGCCGCCUCAGUGAAACGAGGGAUACACCCUCGACAACUGCGGAUAUUUUAUCAAACCUGUCUGUUACCGAACAGGAUUGAUUGAAACAGAAAGUAAUUUUAUAAAGAUAACAUACCAAAUGCGUCUUAUUACUAUAAUGGUUUUAUAAUAUGGAUUUACAAUAUGAAUCGCAUUAAAAUGUCUCGCGCUUCAUUGUAUUGAUGAUGAAAUAAUCGCGACGGCAAUAAGGAUAGAACAACACCGUUAAACGACACAUGUUGUCAUAUUUUAGUAUUUUCUUAAAGUUUCAGAAUUACUAUUUUAGGUUUUAUAGUAUACUUUCUUCCAAAUCAAAAAUUGUGCAAUCUGAAUAUUAUUUAAAAUCGAUUUUUUAAAAAUUAUGUUAAGUAAAGAGAGAAAGAUUAAUGAUGAACGCGGAAGCAGAAGGAAAUAUUUCAUCUAUUUUCGAUCGCACGAAUUAGUGAGACAAUCUACAGAAUAUCGUCAAACUUUUGUGAUAGCAAACUAUAAUUGAAGUGUCAUUUUUACUGUGUCGGACUGAGAGAAUACUUUAGCUCCAAUAUUUAUAGAAAUAUAAAUAUAAAGAUUGGCAGCUAUCGAGUAGUUUGUAGUUGUGGCAGAGGCAGCUGAAGGUACAAGGGAAUCUCGCCUUGAUGUCAUUCGUUUUCAUCGGUCUAACUCACGUUCGAAAGUGUCAACUGCUUUAACGAAUUUCGAUUGUGUGCACGUAGCUGUUUUUAUUUUCUUCAGGAAUGUAUCAGAAUAAAUCGUCAAUUUAUUUUUUGCCAUAAUUGUGUUCAUAGUGUGACACACGAAUGAAAAUGGUUUUUAGAUAUAGCUUUAAGGAAGUUGUCAGGUACAUUGCCGACCACAGAGAAAAAACGCCUAACAGCGUCAUCAAUUAAUUAGUUAACAAAUCGCUGAGACGCAACGAACCGAAGCAACGUGAUGUUUUAGGACGCAGUGCCAGAGACUAGUAGAAGAAAAAGCGAUCAGCGCUUUAGUUCCUUAUAUGAGUAUCGCCUUAUAUAUUUAUGAGAAAAAUUGCUAGUUGGAUCGAUCAGGGAUCACGAGAGAAAAACUGAAACAACGAUGUUAUAGGCCUGGAAACCUCUGACUGAUCGGCCACGGUCUUCCGCUUGUUAUGUAUGUGUUUUCUAUUGAUAUACAUAUUUUAAAAUAAAUAUCAAUACUUCAA